UUCCGAUAAGAGACCACACUAUAUCUUUCGUUCUUGUGCAAUUGAAAAUAUCACAUUACAAAAUGGAAGCAAUUACAAACAAGAUGCAGCAAGUGCUUGGUGGUGGGGCUCCUACGAGCAACCACUCAGUCCUCCUGCUCGGCGCUGGCUUCGUCACGCGGCCCACCGCUGAGGUGCUAGGAAACUCUGGCGUUAAGGUCACAGUCGCCUGCAGGACACUCGCGAAGGCACAGGCGUUGGCCAAGGGCAUCAGCAAUGCCUCUGCCAUCAGUCUCGAUGUUUCCAACGACGAGGCUCUUGACGCGGAAGUGGCCAAGGUCGAUCUCGUCAUCAGCUUGAUCCCAUACACCUUCCAUGCGACCGUCAUCAAGUCCGCCAUCCGCAAGAAGAAGAAUGUCGUCACAACCUCCUACGUCUCGCCCGCGAUGGAGGAGCUCGAUGCACAGUGCAAGGAGGCCGGCAUCACCGUAUUCAACGAGAUUGGUGUCGACCCCGGUGUUGACCAUCUCUCCGCCGUCAUCACCAUCGACGAUGUCCACAAGGCUGGCGGCAAGAUUCUGUCCUUCAAGUCAUACUGCGGUGGGCUGCCCGCGCCCGAGGCAUCGGGCAAUCCGCUAGGAUACAAGUUCUCGUGGAGCUCACGCGGCGUGCUGCUUGCCCUGCGCAACCAGGCUAAGUGGUGGCAGGACGGCAAAGUCAAGGAAGUCGAGGGCCCCGAGCUGAUGGCAGAGGCCAAACCCUACUUCAUCUACCCCGGUUUUGCCUUCGUCGCGUACCCCAACCGUGACUCCACACCGUACAGGGAGCGCUACCUGAUCCCCGAGGCACAGACCAUUGUUCGUGGUACCCUACGAUAUGGUGGUUUCCCAGAGUACAUCAAGGCGCUCGUGGACAUCGGCUUCCUCGUGGAGGACCCCAAGGACUUCCUUAAAGAGGGCUCCACGCUUUCCUGGAGGGAGGCUACCUCAAAGAUCGUCGGCGCCAAGGGCGCUACCGAGGAGGACAUUGUCUGGGCCAUCAGCUCGCGCACCAAGUUCCCCUCGACCGAAGAGAAGGAUCGCAUCCUGAAUGGACUCCGCUGGCUCGGCCUCUUCUCCGACGAGAAGAUCACGCCCCGCGGCAACCCGCUCGAUACGCUCUGCGCGACGCUCGAGAAGAAGAUGCAGUACGAGGAAGGCGAGCGUGACAUGGUCAUGCUGCAGCACAGGUUCGAAAUUGAGAACAAGGAUGGCAGCAAGGAUGUUCGCACCGAGACGCUUGUUGACUAUGGUGACCCCAAGGGCUACUCAUCCAUGGCCAAGCUGGUUGGCGUCCCGUGCGCAAUUGCUGUGCAGCAGGUGCUCGAUGGCACCAUCUCCAAGAAGGGUGUGCUGGCGCCCAUGGACCCAGAGAUCUGCAGGCCGUUGAUGAAGAUCUUGGAGGACAAGUACAACGUUCGCUUCAAGUCGGAGACCAUUAGGCAGUAGAAUGUUGGUGGAAAUGCCGAAACGAUUGACGACAUCACGG